AUGCUUCGGUUUCGGCAAAUGACAGACCGCUUUGAAGAGAUAUCACCUGCCCACCGUAGUACAUUCGACUGGAUCUUUCAGCAUGAAGAAUGUUCAUGGGAUAGCUUCGCUGCAUUUCUGAGCAGCAGCUUAGAGAAACCAUACUGGACUUAUGGCAAAAUGGGUUCUGGAAAAUCUACGCUCAUAAAGUUCAUUUCAGAUCAUCCAAAUACCUUGCUGAAGGCAUUGCUGGAAUGGGCUGGAACAGAGGAACUCAUCAUAGCCCCGUUUUUCUUUUGGAAUUUGGGUACCCCUCUGCAAAAGUCACACAAAGGAUUACUACGCUCGCUUCUCCAUGCUGUCUUGGGAAAACAUCCGGGCUUGAUCAAAGAGGCAUUUCCUACAAUCUGGAAGGACUGGAAAGACACAGAUGUCGAUUAUGACUUCUCUCUCGUGGAACUAAAAGGGGCAUUCUCAAAGCUUCUAGCAGCACCCUCAAAUAGUCUGAAAAUAUGUCUUAUAAUCGGUAAGACACUUUUCCCGCAUUUAUUUUAUUGUGUUCUCAAGAAAUCCAAAAUACUGCAAGACAGUUGGGCGAAACUCUGGACACACCUAGGUUAGAAAAGGAUACUAUUCUAAGAGUCUCGUAUCAUGAAGACGGUUCUCCGAGCCAUUUAGGAUAAUUGAAAUAAACAUAUCUCCAUUAACCUAAUUGAGUUAGGACAAUUAAGGUAAUUGUUCUAGGAUUUCUAGUAGAAUGUGGUUUUAUAUGUGUGUCCAGAGUUUCCCCCAACUGUCUCACCUUAUUCGCCCCUCUAGAGAUUUUCGCAACUACACGUUUUUUCUGCUGAUUCCAAAGGGGUUUUUUAGACGGCAUUGAUGAAUUUGAAGGCUGCCAUGAAGAUUUAUCCAUAUUUUUAAAAGGGCUCUCUCUAUCGCGGCUGAAACUGAUCAUCUCUAGCCGUCCAAUACAAUCAUGCGUUUCUGUAUUCGAGGGAUGCCCAAAAUUACGCCUACAAGAUCUCACCAAAAAUGACAUCAAUCUUUACAUCCACGGCAAUCUUGAUACAGAUCCCAAUAUGGCUCAUCUUCAACGCAAAUCCCCCCAGGAUGCGCUGAUAUUGAUCGAAGAGAUCAAACAAAAAGCUGAUGGCGUGUUUCUGUGGGUCAAGCUGACGCGUCGUCAGACUCUUGAUACAAGAAUUACGUGCUACCGAUACAGUUUCUGA